UCCGGUAUUAUUAGUCGUCCGGUUUUGUUAGUCGUCCGGUUUUGUUGGUUUGGUUCAUCAUGGCUGUUUUUGCGGGAAGGUCUGUGGCCUUCGUGACUGGAAACGCAAAAAAACUCGAAGAGGUGAUUCAGAUCCUGGGAGACACGUUUCGCUACAAACUAGUGUCAAAAAAGAUCGACUUACCCGAGUACCAGGGAGAGCCAGAUGACAUAUCCAUACAAAAGUGUAAGGAGGCUGCAAAGCAGAUUGAUGGGCCAGUCAUAGUGGAGGACACCUGCCUAUGUUUCAAUGCUUUAGGAGGCUUGCCGGGUCCUUACAUAAAAUGGUUUCUGGAUAAACUCAAACCAGAAGGGUUGUAUAAACUCUUAGCUGGAUUCGAAGAUAAGUCAGCGUGGGCUCUCUGCACUUUUGCUUUCUGUGCUGGGAAAGGUGAACCAGUGCAGCUCUUCAAAGGAAAAACAGAGGGGCACAUUGUGGAACCCCAGGGACCUCGAGACUUUGGAUGGGAUCCAUGUUUCCAGCCAGAAGGAUAUGACAAAACCUAUGCUGAACUGCCAAAAGAAGUAAAGAAUUCAAUCUCUCACCGCUACCGGGCACUGGCUGCCAUGUCUGAGCACUUCUCUCAAACCAACAAUACCUCACCACAGUGCAAGAAGAGUAAGCAGGAGGAUUAAUCCUUGAUUUUAGUCCAACUUCAAGUUUUGUAUCACACCUCAAAUAAUCAGAUUUGUUAAGACAAUGUCUACUGUUCAACGCUGCAGUGGGAACGCUUCUGCAUAAUGUUGUCCUUAUUUUUAUUAAACAUUUUGUGAAUUUGAAAGCAAAUCCCUGUGUUCUCUGGAGUGCUGACUGCAAGCUGGCUCUGUUUAUAGGUAGAAUUUUAGGUAGAAUUAACUGCAGCAUGUUAAAACUAUGCUGCAGUUAAUGUGGACAAUUUUUAAAGUUUUGUUUCUUAGUUCCAUAGUGGAUGCUUAAAAACAAUCUUGAGUUUUUGCCUUCAAGGACUGACAAAGAUAGACUUGGAAAAGAGCAUUCAUUAUAAAAACAGGCACUCUAGGGUCCUGAUGAGAGCAGCAGACCUCUCUGUGUCUGAGAAUGGCUGCUGGAGGUGGCGAGGGAAGCAGAGGGUGUAGGAGGACAAGAUCUCUGAAGCAUGGAGGAGGUGUACAAACAUGACAGUGAUAGGGGAGUGUGGGUAAUAAAUGGGCUUGGAGCUAGAUGUCUCUGAGUAAAAGCUGUGACUGAUGCCUCCCAAAUGUACUGAAGAUGUCACCUGUACAAAUACAUGUCUUCUGACUAUGACAGCAGAACAACAGUUCAGUGGCGUACACAUUUUGUGUGUUUUACCAGAUAUUUUGUCUACUUUAUUCUACACAGAUUUAACAGAACUCUACAUUCAAGUGUGUACUUUUCUUUUUUUUUAUUUAUAUGACACUUUUCUAAUCAUAUGCAAGAAAAUGUUUGCAGCCAGUUACUGCUAAUAUUACUUAACCGGUAAAAGUAAUACCUCUUAAGAAGGAGCUGGCUCAUGAAAUGAUUGGACCACCAGGUAUUUGUAGGUUUAAACCUCUGGCUUUGUUCAGGGACCUGCCAGAUAACUACAAGUUCUGUGAGAA